AUGCUGAGAAAGAUACUUCCUAUCGAGCUUUCAGAGCUCAUUCGUCGAGCAACAAGCACUGACGUUGUGAUACUCGCGGGUCGUGUGAAUGCUCAAGCCAGUCGGCUGAGCCCCUUGGAAUCACAUCUGGGCGGUCGAUUAGCAGUCGACGCUCGUCCACAAACUUUCGCAUCGCGUAAUACGGCUGCUACCAACUGCAAAUCAACCGAAUCACGUGGCCAUAAGCCACCGGUGGAGGGCCAUAUUUCAAGACUGCCGUUUCUUUUGGGUCACACAACUGAAUUCCGACCACGCCAUGGUGCAAGCACGCCUGACUGUUCGCUUUUCUUCAGGCCCUCGCAAGUCAACAAGAAGCAUGUCAAUCCGUCAUCUUUGAAGAACUACCGCAGUUCCGCAUUAUCGAUCUGA